CCAGUUGACAUUAAUGUGUACGUUCGUUUACGUAGCGAACUGUGUGUGUGUGUGUGGGAGCAAACGAGUAAAAUCAACAAUGCCACCAACGCCUCCACCACUACGACGCGCUUGUGAGAGGUUAGGAAAAGUUGCUGUGAAUAACCCACGACUGAGCAAACAGACACUUGAAUGGCCAUGCCCGCUGACGACCGUCGAGUGAGCCAACGAGCGCUGCUCCUCCCCGCACACGACAACAUUACGAGCAUACACACGAAACGAGUACGCUGACGAACGCAUGUAUGAAUGGGCGAAAAUCCUUUAGUACUGAAAAGGUCGUGGUUUUGUGUAGUCGUCGUUUGGAAAAAUAGCGCAGCAGCGCAGCUACGUUUUUUCAGCUUUUGACGGUGUGUCGCGUUGCGGUGUGUGUUACUCUAAUAAUAAAUGUGCAAAAAUAUAUACACGAAUAAUAUUUAUUUUCCACAUAAUAAAGCAAAAAUUGUCAAAUAAUUGGAGUUCAAGAAAUAUAUGUGUAACGCCACAUUGACGGAAGUUAUAGAAGUAUGUAUAGAAAAUGCGUUAAACAAGUUGGGCGGUAGUGAAGCAAACGAUUAAAUAAGAUGCGUGCAUAUAAACAAAACAGGCAUUGAUUUUUGUGAAAAAUUGCUUUCAGCACACAAAAAAAAAAAAAAACAUUUCAACUAACAGUGCUUGAAGUGCAAUGCGGUGUAAUUUAAUGCAUCUGCGCGCCUAAAAGUAGGCUAAGCUUUCAUUUUAAUGUUGUAAAUGCCAGCAGUUUGCUGGAGUUUCAUGGUGUAGUGCGCGCGUGAAAAGGCUCAACGCAUUAUUUCUACAGAGUACAUCUUAUAUGUGUUUGUGUGAGUGUAAGUAGUCGCCGGCAAACAUAAAUAAAUACACCAAAUAUUCAAUUAAACAAAAUAACGGCAGUUGGGCAAUUUUGGUGUUCUGAAAACUGAAUUAGUUCUAUUUGCGUGUGAUAUUUGCAUGUAACGUGUGUGUGCUUGUAUGUAUUGGUGUGCCUCAGCAUGAUUAUGGUAAGCACGGUAAGCCUGAAAGCAUGACAAUCCAUGUCAAAAAAGUUUUGUUUACUAUAUAUAUUGGGGUUGCGGUGUCUAUUAUAUAAUAAGACAACAUAAAGCUAGAUUGUCUUUCAUUUGUUUAAAUAUUGGAGAUAGAAUGUUUCAACAGAGUGUGAUCAUAUGUUAUUGCAAGUGGAUCUUUCAAAUCAUUAAAAUUUCAGAAGCCACAAAGUUCUAGCCCUCAAUUAAGCUGAAGGUAAAUACGUUUGUAUGAUGUGUUAAACAUCUAUUAAUUUUAAUUCGAAAUUUUAAUAAAAUAAAACUAAAUGAUUGCAUUCAUAAACUGUGGUCUGCAAUUUUUCAUAUUCUAAAAUCUAUUUCUUUUUAUUUCCAACAUAAUUAUUUUUUAAAAAACAAAAAUAACGUCACUUAUAAGCCUAGCGUUUGACAUAAUACUUCUGUUUGGUGGCUCUAAAAAUAAUAGGUUAGCCUCAAUGAAAUUUUCAACAGCAAGCCUUUACCAAACGCCAACUUUUUCCAAAGCAGCUAUGUGUUCGUAGUGUCUGUUUAUUUUUAAUGAUUUUUAAUGUGAAAUAUUUUAAAUAUCAAACGUCAUUAGUUUAAAAACUCACAGAGCCCGUAGAAAUAUUAAAUAACAUAAGUACAGUGCACAUAUAUAAUUAGUCCAUAAUAUGCUCCUAAAUGUAUGCUUCUAAUAAUACGUGUAAUUCUAAAGUUCAUACAUGCAUAAUGCACUAUGAUAACAAUGUCAACAGCAAUUAAUAAGUAUGUAGAUGAUUCGCCCCUAAAAGUAUGCUUCUACGACGUCACCACAAUUUAACAUACCUAUUUUCCUGUUUUAUUAGUGUUACGGUAAAAUCAUUCCUCUACCCGCUUUGUAUGCCACUUUGGCUGUUAAGUGCCGUAAAGUUUGUUUUUUGACGUCUGAGUACAUGUAAUUUGUUCGACUAAAUUGUUUCCCAAUAGGCGUAUAUUAUAUCAGCAUAUGAGCAAUAUUGAGUUGUUUGUACAAAUAGGAAAAAUGACCUAUAAUUUGAAUUACAGUCAAAAGUAAACAUUUCAAAGAAAAUUGUAGGGAAUUUGUUUUGACUCAACUAAGGAAUUAGACUUGUUGACACGUGCCCAUAAAAGUAUGCUACUCAAUGCAUUGAAAUCAUAACGAGGAAUUAAAAAUUGAAUGAAAUAACCUGUUACAUGUAUUCUAAAUAGAGCAAAACCAUGUAAAUAUGUCAAUAAGGAACACAUUUUGAACUCAAACACUAAACUACUUACGCCCCCAAAUUGUGGAAUGUUGCUGGCCCACAAGUUGUGCGUCAUUGAAGCCGACAAUUUCACGUAAAAUUAAGCAUUUCCGCUCAAAGCGGCAGAUACGAAGGCAGUUCGAGGCUUUUGCAGAGCCAAAUCAGUAUUGAAAGUGCAGUCAGAGUGUGCAUAUAGAUAUUUAAAGGAUAUUCUAAAAAAAAUUGCGAAAAAGCAACAACUUGCUAACAGUAUACGCCAAGGAAAAAUCGAAGUAGCAGGGGUAAUAACAGUGAACUAAAGUUUACUCAAGCACGAAAAAAGGCUUUUAAAGGCUAAAAUUGUUGAAACUUUUUGUUUGUAAGGUUGUGUAUGAGCGUUAGCUACCAUGUGUGCAUGUGUGUAUAUGUCAAAUGCCAAUAAACUUGUGUACACCGUUGCUUGGGUAAAGUGUAAAACAACUCUUUAUAUUAUCUUUCAUACACCUUCGCCGUUUUUUUGUUUAUUUUUUUACUUAAGUAAAGCUUAUAGUUCAUAAAAUGUGGCAUAAGCGCCAGAGUGUAGCAUACCUCCAGGCGUAUAUUAGCAACCGAAACGUGUGUAUGUGUAAAAAUUUACUACACAGUUUAUGUGCGGACGCACGUGGCUCAUAAAUUGUUUGCGGUAAACGAAAAAUACAUCAAAAGCGAGGCACAUAAAACAGUCGAUCAGCAAAUGGUUGCUAUGUGCGCCUACAAAUAGGCUAUAACGCUAGUUAACAACCAAUAUUACUACUUAUUUUGAGCGGUGUGCUGCGUGGCCAUAAAUCAUAAGGUAAAAUAAUGCAUUAAGGAAACGUGAAAUAAAUAUCAACAGGCGUAAAUUGUACCCGAAUGAGCGGUUGGAGAAAAAUAACCAAAAUUUGGUUGGCAAAAAUGAAGUGCAUUUGUGAUAUACUAAAGUAAGGCUAAGCAGGACAUAACAUUGAAAGAUAAGAAACAUUAAAGUGCAAAACUUUUGUAUAUAACUUUUGUUUGAUAAAUAUAUAAAACAAAUUAAAUUUUGAAAUUUUUGAAAAAAAAAAAAAAAUAAAUAAAAAUACCAAUGGAUACAUUGUGGCGUGCUAAAUUAGGAAGCACUAAAGGAGUAUUUAAUAGCAUCCAAAAUAUGUCAGCUAAGUUGUGUAAAGCUUAUAUAUUAGCAAGUGUAAAAAACAUUGGUGCGCAAACUGAUUGUUUGAGAUCAAAGUGCCUUACAUUGGUGUGUGGACUAGCAACUGUUCGAAUUUUGUCGAAGCCAACAUCUUUUGGAACACUUUAUAUGAGGUCGCUUUUGGCUCUCAGGCACUUUGCACGUAUAAAUUAUUGACUUCCGUACAUUUUGAUUGCGCAAACAAUAAUGCAAAGCGGACCAACCACAUUCCCAGCUUAACACGCUUCAACAGCGCUCAUACACAUACAUAUAAGUCGAAAUAAAUUCACCCACGAGAUAGCAUCGCUUGAAAAAUAUCAACACGCACGCGCGUGUCAACGCUAAUGGGCGCCUGUGCAGUGAAUGUGUUAAUAAAAAUUUCAUUGUAUAAUCAAAAUGAAAUUACGAAAGCUUACCGCUGUGACCAUGCCACAGAUUGACGCUUUUGAAUGUCGCAAAUGCCUGAAGUUACACGCGCCAAGGGUUGUGUGCUGCACCCUUCAUAACAAAACAGCACAGAGUUAUGCAAAACUUGCCUGCACGCAUUUCUGUUGCAUACUUUUAGGAGUGUAGGAGAUCAGAAAAUAGGAAAUGGUGCGAUAUUUUGUAGUUUUCUCCUUAUUAAUAUGAGGGAUUUGGAGAGCUGAGUUGAUGAAUAGAACCACAAUGUUGUAAGAGUGCUAUAUAUUUUUUCUUUAAAGGCAUGACGGUACGUCUGUAGGCGGGUAUGCACAUGAAGUUAACACCUACCAUAUUUAUAAGCAGUUACUUCAUUUUGUCAGAAAAGUUGUCAGAACUCAGAAAUGCAAUGAAGGGCCGAAUGGAGGCAAAAUAAAUUGAGUUUUAGUAACGGUAUUUAUAUAAGCACACUUACUGCACGAUUUUUCGCAAAAAAUUUUAUAUAAAAGCAGAGCGAGAUUUUUUGUAUGACGUCAUUUUAGCGUACUUUUACAGUGCGCUGGGAAAGAAGUCUUCAACAAUCGAUUUUUUUAACUAAAACUGAACUAAACUUACGAGUUUAUUGUUGUAAUUUAGAAGAGUUACCUCUUGCUCUACGUUGUCAUUUGAAUUUUGUAAGUUUGAGAAUAUUAAUUCACUAGAGCGGGUCGAUUUAUAGGGAGCUAAAAAAACGGAAAAAUUGUGUGUGCGGGAAAUAUUCUACGGAUCAUUUUGAACAACUUUCUUUUAGAGAUGACGACUCUAAAGCAUUUCAGUUUCGAGCCAACGUUUUUUUAAAGCGAAGCUUUACAGACAACAUAAAAAGAGGUUCAUCAGUUUUUGAGAUGUCUGAAUAAAAUCUAGCAUUUAGAAAAUCUAUUGAGCAUUUGCCCGAAUCAUCUAAACAACUAUAUCACAUAUCUCCCAUACAACCGGUUAUUCAGAUUUUAAGAACUUCGCCCUAAAAUUUGCUGGCUCAAAAUCCGUUUUAGAGCCAUAGUCUCUUAGUCGAAAUUGUGCAGAAAAAUUCGUAGAACGCUUCCCAAAUACGCGAUUUUACAAAAGAAAAAUCAGCCAUUCACCAACUUCUCCAUAUUAAUUUCUCCAUAUUAAAAUUUCACAGAAAACUCUCUUCAGACCAAAAUGAUGUAUUUUGCAAAUACCAGGUGUUUAAGAACCUUAUCUUAUUCUUCUGUAUAUUUUUCUACAAAUAAUCGAAAUUUUUGUCGAACGACGAAACAGCCGACUUGUGAACCUAUUAGUUUGUUUUAACAGGGCGCUGAGUCUUAAUAAAACUCGAUUUGAAAAGCCAGGCUAUUUCACCACGUUAAAGUCACGUUCAAUUUCUGCAUGACAGAAAUUCAUUAGUUCGAAUUUUCCUGUAGGUCUUGAGUCAUUUUUACGUUUAGUAAAAUAAAAUCAUUGCAAUGAGCUUAAAAGAGUUGAUAUUUGCUUUAAAUCGGCCACAAGACUUGAUCAGAGUGAGGCUAUCAACAAUUAUGAGUGGUGAAACAAUACAUGCGUGUAAAGCAAGGUGGUGGAAUUUGUGUGGAUUUUUGUUUUAUUCGGAGGUAAAAUAUAAUGCUGAAGGCCACUAAGUAUUAGACCAACAUAGAGAUGAGCGCACACAUGCGGGUGUGUCAGUUAACUUCAGGCUGACGUUAAAGUUUAAUUAUUAUGAGAAUAUGGGGAAAUGAAAGUAAAGCACAAAAGUGGGCGGGUAACUGGAAUUAUAAGCUAGUAACGUAAGUGUAUUAAGUGGAGGUGAAAAUCUUCUCUGUGUUGCCAUAUAAAUACAUGUGUGUGUGUGUAUUUGUCCCUGUGGUACAGGGUGAAGUGUGAAAUUUAUGUAUGCAUGUGUUAGUGUGAUUACUAUGGCACAUGCGAAUUUUUAUGGGACAUUUUCAUGAGUGCCAACGUUGCCACUGCCUUCCUGCCUGACACAUAACGCAAAUGCCACAUAUAUGGCAUAUGUAGCACUGCAACCGUUAGCCACAAUAUGUAAAUAUGUGUAUGUUUUAUUUCUUACAGCAUGCAAGUGACAGCGAGAGAUGCGCAGGCGAGCGUUUGCACCACCUAAAUGUUUACAUUAAAAAACCAGCAACAAUGCGGUCGGUCGUACGGUGCAAAAAGAGCAAGUAAAAUUUGUGAAGAAGAGUAAAAAAAAAGUUGAAAAAUAAAUAAGAUAAUGUAAAGUGUGAACACAUAUUAAAAAUUAACAAUAUUGUGCUGACACGUGCGCAGCACUGUCCCUUGUGCAACAUAACUAAACCAAAGUAAUGAGCGUGAGCAGAGGACCAACUGUAAGCCAGGUGUGCCACAACACGUAUGUGACAUGUUGAACGCAUGUGGCAACCCACAACCGUCCAGCAGUGCACUAACAAUGCAUUAAUAUUAAAAUUUCAAGUAAUAAAAUAGAGCAAAAAGCAGCCGUGCUUUGCAGUGAGGACACAAAAUGUCGGAAAUAAAUUUCAAAAAUUUCAUAUAAAAUAUAUUUAUUGUAAAAAGAGGAAAAAUGUUGCAUUAAAUAAUCACAGAGAAGAAUUAAUUUAAUUACAAUAGAAAAUAGCGCUAAAUGCGUAAGUGUGCAUAAUGCAACAGUAAUCUCUAAUAUAAAAUAAGUAAAAUGCAAUUAAAUAAAUUAGAAAAUAAAGGCAUAACAAAAACAUUUAUUUAAUUAAUGUAAAAAUAAAUGAUAAUAACAACAAUAACAAAAUUUAGUUAAUUAAAAUUGAUGUAAAUGUAAAAACAAAGUAAAUAUUAAAAUAUAUUGAAUAAAAACAACACAAAGCUAAUUAAGAAUUCGGUUUGAAAUUUCAGUCGGUCUUUAAAAAAGUUGCGAAAAUUCAAGCUGCUACAAUAAUUUACACACAUUUACAACAACAUUCAAUUUAAAACAUUGCUGACAGCGUGUAUUUUUUGUGCAGCGUCGACUUAACAGCAGCUAUCAACAACAAGAACAACACUACACCCAGUCAUGGAGCGCGCUUUGUCGAUUCUGUUGUGCCUCAGCCUAACAACUUUGCAGUUUAUUUCAACACACGAGCAUGGCGAUGGCUUUAAACCAGAUGGCGAGAUCCUCCGUGUGCUGGUCAACACUUCAGCGCAAAUUAAGUGUGAUGUCGGUUCCAGUUUGCCAGACGAUAAAGUUUUACUGGUCGUUUGGUAUAAGAAUAAUCUUCCAAUUUAUAGCUAUGAUACACGCGGUGCGCACGCGGGCACGCCUUCCCAUUGGCGGGAUGAGGACGUGCUAGAAGAUCGCGCUGUCUUUCGCACACAUAAGGAGCCAGCUGAAUUGAUAAUAAAUCCUCUGAAGGAAAAAGAUGCAGGGAAUUUUCGUUGCAGAGUGGACUUCAAACUCUCGCAAACUAGAAAUAGUAAUGUUAACUUGGAAGUUGUCGUGCCACCACAGCAGCCGGCGAUUGUGAGUAAUUCGGAUGGCAGGUCCGAUACGCGCGCCGGUCCGUAUGAAGAAGGCGGCCAACUGGAUCUGACAUGUGUGGUGUACGGCGGCUCACCACCGCCCACGGUCACUUGGCUCUGGAAUGGCCACAUUCAGAAUAGUGUUGUGGAUUUCACAGCAGAUGACACCAUCAAGAGCAGAUUGUUGUUGAGGAAUUUGUCACGCAUACACCAACAUGCUGUGUUUACGUGUCAAGCGAGUAAUUUCCACAAGAAAUAUGUCUCCACCAAUAUCACCAUUGAAUUGUAUUUGCGGCCGCUUCAGGUUGAGAUUUCCUUCAAUAAUCAACCCAUGUCUGCUGAUCGGAAGUAUGAAAUUGAAUGCCAAGCCAGUGGCUCGAGACCACCAUCCAAACUUACUUGGUGGAUGGGAAAUAUGGAGCUGUUGGGACACAGUCAGAAGGUUUCGGAAGAUGGCAAUGUCAGCUUUUCCGUACUCAGCAUUACACCAACGCGUGCUGAUCAUGGCAAAGCGUUGUCCUGUCGUGCGACGAAUGAGCUGGUGCGCAGCGGCAUACGUGAGACGGCGAUGAAACUAAAUGUUUUCUUUAUACCAACGCUUCAGCUGGACUUGGGUUCGAAUUUGAAUCCGGAAGACAUUGAAGAAGGCGAUGAUGUCUAUUUCGAGUGCAAAGUGCAUGCGAAUCCGGCAGCCUACAAAGUCGUGUGGAAACAUAAUAAUCAAAUCAUUCAACACAAUCAGCGCGCUGGCGUCAUUGUGAGUAGUGGCGACUUGGCGUUGCAGGGCGUGACUCGUCAUCAAGCGGGCAACUACACUUGCACGGCUUCGAAUGUUGAGGGCGACGGUGAUAGCAACGUUGUUGAGCUGAAAGUGAUGUACAAACCCAUUUGCCGUCCGGAUCAGAAGAAAAUUUAUGGUGUAGCGCGUAAUGAGGCCGCCGAGAUUUUAUGUGAGGUUGAUGCAUUUCCACCGCCGGAAAAUUUCAAAUGGUCUUUCAAUAAUACGGCAGAGACAUUUGAUAUGCCGCAGAGUGGUUUCCGUGCACAUUCAGCGCAAGGAUCGACAUUGACCUACACGCCGGUCAAGGAAAUGGACUUUGGCACCAUCAUGUGCUGGGCGGAUAACAAUGUUGGUCAGCAGAGAGAGCCUUGCGUCUUUCAUUUGAUUGCAGCUGGCAAGCCAGAAAUACCAGCGAAUUGCACCAUUUUCAAUCAGACAUCUGACUCGUUAGAGGUCUAUUGUAUGGAAGGCUUUGACGGCGGCUUACGGCAAUGGUUCCUAAUGGAAAUUUUCGAUCAGCAUAGUGGCCAGUUACAAGCCAAUAUCUCAUCAAAAUAUCCACUUUUAAGUGUCACUGGACUGGACUCUGGCCGUCUCUUUCGCAUAUUUGUUUAUGCAGUGAACUUGCGCGGACGUAGCGAAGCGGUGCAGGUGGAAGGCUAUACGCUGAAAGCGGCGGAGAAGCAAACAGUUGCGCUGACGUCCUAUAAGGGUACACAAUCCAAUUUCGAACUCACACCCAUACUGUCGGUGGGCAUUUUCGUUGGCAUUUUGGUGGCAUUGGUGUGCAUUACCAUCGGCACUAUUGCAGCAUUGAAAUUACGUUCACACAAACAACAGCAAAAAUAUCAACAUCAAAAUGCGAAAUUCUCACGACCAGGCAAUUUACAAAUUAAGGACAAAAUCUCUUUGCCAUUAAGUCAUUCGGAGGAGAUGUACGACGAGAAGAAUCCCGAUGUCGUGCCAUACAAUGAAGUCGAUGGUGAAUACAAACAGAAAUCAGCAACACAAACACCAUCCGGCCAUCUGUCCACGACAAGUGAAGCGGAAAUUAGCUGUAAACCACUAACGGACGAGCUUGGCGCAUACAAAAGCAACAAGGAUGAUGAGCUGCACUAUGCGGAGCUAACACUGGCGCCCGGCAGCGCCAGCACUAGUGGCAUACCUAAAAAGUCCAUUUCAGUCGAUUGCAGCAGCAGCAUGUUGCUACAAGGCGCCGGCAUAAAUACAAACAACAUGUCCGUCACUAUCGGCGGCACACUGCCGCACGGCUCCAGCGUACGCAAGAUGUUGCCCAACAUACCGGCCAAUGCCGGUGCGAGCACAUUACAACGCCUCAAGCAGCAGCCAACGGCGUCGGCGCAACAAACACCACCACCACCACCACCAACGUACGAUUACUUUGAAGAGCCGACGAUAUACGCGCAGAUAGAUCACUACAAAACAACAACGACGGGUGGCACGGCAAAUGCUGGCUGCUCGUCAUCGGCCUCCAUAUCGCCCUUCCCGCCAAGCAUUUCUUCGCCCGCCUCACAGGGCACACCAUCGACGGUGUCGCCCGGCGCGGUGCAGAUGUACACAAUGCCCUCCCAUCCGGGCGGUUAUCAUACACUGCCGCACAACCAUCAUCAUCAGCAGCAGCAACAACAACAACAGCAGCAGCACCUACAACAGCAACAACAACAGCAGCAGCAACAACAAGCCCAUCAGCAACACAAUACGUCCGCCUCGUCGAUGCUGCAAAUGAUGGCGGCUGCGGGUGUGGUUCAUGGCGCUGGUGGCAAUAUUUAUCAUCAUCAUGGCACGCUGCCAAUGCCGCCCACAUAUCAGCAGCACCAACAGCAGCAGCAACAGCAGUUGCAGCAACAGCAAGUCACCGGUCAAAUGUUGGUGUCGAGCAAUAGCAGCGGUCUGGGCUCGGCUACAACAACAGCGGCCGUGACAAGCCCGAGCAGUUCGCUGUCCGGUCUCUCGGCCAUUGGCAAAUCGUAUUCGCGUGAAAUUGUGACGGUACGAACGCCGCUCAUGUACUCGCAGCAGGAGAGUUGCGUCUAAAAGCGUGUAGCGCAAACGCAUGGCACGCUUUAGGCAUACUUAAGCCUAUUCGGGAUUCAAUUAUAUCGCAAGAGACUGGGUAUGAGUUGUGGGAAAUUGGAAAGUAUAACUUUUAUAUUUAAAUUGGUCUGAUUGUAUUUCUAAUAUAAUAAUAUAGUGAGUUGCGCGUGUAGUAGUUCACAUAUAGAAAAUCGUUGAAACAAGGAUCUUUAGUUUUUCAAAAGCUUUUUUUGUGUGACUUCUUGUAAUUAAUCUUUCAAUUCGCUUUUAAUAAUAGCGAUUAAUUUUCAGUACCAAAAAAUUUUAAUAAUUAAAUUAUUGUUAUUCAUUAUUCCUUAGUUCCCCGACUCGUGUUUUCUAACUCUUCUUCGCAUGUCAUUAUAUAUUUAUCGCUUUCUCAUUAUUUUGAUGUAUUUAAAUGUUGUCUACAUGCAGGCGCAAUGCUACAAAAAAUGUGUAAAUUUAAUAUUCAUAAAAUUAUUAUUUAAAAAAAAAAAUUCUAACAAAAUUUAGUACUUUAAAAUUGUUGCUCUCGCAAUUCGUAGAAUUUUAUUGCAUAAGCCAAUCCAGCUGGCAAACCAAAAUAUUUAAAAAGUACGUAAAAUCGAAAAAAAGUUAAACACUUAACUCAAAAUUAAAAUUUAGCAAUUUUAAAAUUUUCAAAAUCGCAAUAAUAGAUUUUCAAUGAAAAUUUCUAUUAUGCGCACACAUAUCAUGAAAUAAAAGUUAAUAACAUUGGCACAGUAAGACAAUAAAAAUAAUGAACGUGCAAUUAUGUAAGAAAAUCAAACAUUUAGUAAUUCUAUUUAAUUUGUUUAUUUAUUUUUAUAUUUAUUGUUUAUGACAUGAAUUUUCAACAACUUUAAAGCAAUUGCGCUACAUAUCAUAAAAGCACAUAUUAAAUUGUUUGAAGCCACAUGGCGUAUACGCAACUUGUGCGCCAAGGAAUUCUCUAAGAAAUUGACUGCUCACAGUUGAAUAAAGAACUAAUGUGCAUUAAAAAAAUAGUUAAUUUGAAUAUUUUUCGCCUGAAUUACUAGCGCGAUUCACAUAUCUAAUACUUAUUUGCUAGUAUUAUUUCCAAAAUUUAUUUUAAGUCGCUUGAUCAUAUGUCAAAUUUUAUUUUUUUUAAAUCAUAAAAAAUUAUCGCAAAGCUACAAAUAUUUAAAGAAAAUUUAGAAACUUUUUCAUGCGCUCAAAACGUAUUUGCUCGAAGCGGUGAUAAAAUUCAGUACGGUCAGGUAUGAAUUAAAUGUAUUCUAUUACUAGGAAAGCCAGCAAUUUAAGGCCAUGGGAUAAGUGUAUAUAGCAGAGGAUUGUAUAGUAAUGUAUAUAAACUUAAUUACUUUUCUAAAUUCUAGUGCAUAGGCAAGUUAUUUAAAUGCAAAUACUUAGGUAAUUAGAAUAAUUAGAUAAAUGCAUAGAAAGUAAAAUUUAGAUGAAUAGUAUUUAAAUAUCUUAAAGAAAUUAUAAAAAAAUCAUCUUAGAUAUGUAUAAAAGCGAAUAUAAAACUGGAAAUUACUGAAAAAAAUCACAACUAAUUGAAAGACGCUGUAGAAUAGCGAAACUGCAAAACUCUAAAAAAGAACUGAAUGCGUUUAAAAUAAUUAAGUGUCACAAUGCAAACUAAACAACAAAAUACAUUGGAAAUCAAGCUAAAAUCCAACAGAUUUUCAAAGAAAUAAAUAGCGUUCAAUAGCACAAUUAUGGUAGAGCAAAUAAUUCGUUUCGGUAUUUAGAUAUUUUUUCUCGCCUUUUUGAUAAGCCCUGAAUGAAGCGCUCCUUGUGUGUCUGGGGAGCAGCAAACAUGCUCAUCCACUGUAAGUUUUGGUUGUAUAAAAGUCCGUCAAUCAAUUGCAUCUCUCUAUUUGUUAGAAACCAUCACAAAGCUCUAGCAAUACUGGAUUAUAGACAUUCGUUAGCUGAAAUAGCCAGGCACAUCAGUGAAAUUAUACUACUCUUUCUUUUGCUUUGAAAUGUAAUUUAAACACAACCGUCUCUCUCAAAUAUAUUUAUUUGUCUUCCUAAUGUGUUUGGAUUUAUGAGACCUUGUAAAAACUCAUCGUAAAAUUUCGUUGCAUUUUUCAACGUAAGGUUUGCUAAUUUUCUGAUAUAAAUGCUAUAAUGAACAGUUUUGAAUUAUAAUCUUUAAUAAUUCUGUAAAUGGGGCUUAACCUUUGACCAGUAAUAGUUUCAGCCACUUGCAUCGUUUUAUUUAUAAAAAAAGUCUCUAUAAUGCUUGAAUAUCUGGAUAUGGAAAUUUGGUUUCAAUAUGAGUGGUUUCUAUUAUAUCGUUUUCCUUCGCCUUUAAACUUAUGAAAAGUUAUGUUACGUUAUUUUGCACUUUAGGUGACGAUAAUUCAUAUUCAGUGAUAACUUUGAAACAAUUUUUCCAAGGACCUAACAAAAUAGUAUUAAAUUUUUUAUUAAAAUUAUAUAUUUUUUUGUCCUCAACUUACGACGUUGGAUGUUUAAAAAUUAUCUCUCAAGCAUUUCACAUUAUAGAUGACUAUAAACACGGUCUUUCAAUAAGUUCUCCAAAUUCAAUGAAUCAAAUACAUAAUAACUCGAUGAGCUCCAUAUACCACGUCCGCCAUCAAUAUCUGGAAGUCUUCAUCAUUUUAGCUUAACAACAAAUACAAAAUGAAUUAGAGACUUUAACAGAAUUUCUGAAACAAAUUCACAGUUUACGCCAACUGUGCUCCAAAAAGUCCCGUGAAUAUUACCAUAGACCCAGACUAAAGCUUAAUUACACAACCGAUUGUUAAAAGGUGAAUUGAGAUAUCUGUAUGCAAUCUGAAAGCUAAUUUGAUAGUAUAUUACUAUUUAAAUGUUCCUUUCUGUGUAAAUUUCAUAAUUGUAUAAAUAGUUACUUGAGAAACCAAUUGUGUAUUUAAGAAAAAACACAAAUACAAACAGAAAUAGAGAAAUACAUAAUGUAUAAAGGUGUAAAUUAUUGUAAAUAAACAGAUUUCAAUGUAAACAUAUAAAUAGGUAUAUAGCUAAUGUACUAAUACAUGUAUUAUAUAUGAGAACUUUCCAUUCCAUGAAAAACAGUUCAUAUAAAACGUCAAAUUCUUAAAAAAAAAAUAAAAAUUUAAUCAAAAGCAAUUGCGAACACAACAAACUUGCACAAAUAUGUGUGUGUAUAUGUAUGAAAGUAGACGGCCAAAAACGGAAUUCACUUCGCAAUUGCAUAACUCAACUCACUUCUUCCAGCAUUCAAUUCGCUAAAUUGGCACUGCACACAUACAUACGCACAUUUUAUCAACAAAUUUACAGCACACAUGCAAACCACAAUAUUUCCAAAUUAUAGUUACUAAUUAACUUUAAUUGUAAAUUUUGUAUGCCAAUAUUUCACCCAGACAGUGUAAAUAGUGUUAGGAAAGUGAUGGAUGGUCAUUUAAAGUUCUUUUGACGAAAGACAACCGAUUUGUAUACCAAAUUGCUUGUUUAUACAUUUUUUUGGCUUUGGGCACUUUAUGGAAUUAUGAAAAAUAUUAAAAUAUUUGUAGAAGUUUUUUUUAUUAAUUUUUCAAUGGCGUUUCUGCAGCACUCAAUAUUAAGAAUUUUUCUAGUGAAAUUCAUAUGAGUUGAAAAAUUGAACUGAACAUCGAAAAAAGUUUUUUUUGGUACGUAUAUUUCUUUUACGCUAUAAGCAUCCGGAGUGCCCACGGUAUGAUACACUGGAGGAGGUAUCGGUAGUGAGUCCGCAGAGUCUGUUAAAAUUCGCGUCAAGCGCAGGCAUCCUACAGGGUGAUUACUUCUCUUGGACCUAGAAACUGAACUCUAUCUGGCACUACAAAGGACCAAAACUGGUUGGUCUAUGCGUGGCUUAGUUCAGUUCAACCCAAUAUGUAACCAAAUGUGUCAGAUAAUAUAAAUAUUUUUAUCCCAUAUCGAAAUAUGCAAAAUAUUCUCUGAAUAUCAUUAUGUGUUUGUUAAAAAUUUAUUUUUUACAUUUUUUUAAAUACUGAUUUGUAUUUUUGGCAACUUCUUGACAACACAUGUGGGCAACAUUUGUUUCUUGAGCAUGUCAUCUUGGAACUGGAGGAUUUAUCAUAUAAAAAAAGUUACUUUUGCCACAAAAAUAAUCAGUUAUCACAGUAUUUAGCAACAAAUAUGUUGCGCAACAUUUCAUACUGCAACAUGUUGUAAACGAAUUGAGUUAAAUUUAGAAAUUUCGCAUGCAGUCACUACACCACGUGACGUGUUAAUCAUAGGAAAACAUUAAAUAUACAGUUUUUUUUAAUUUUUCUUGUUUUUUAUGAAAGUCUGUUGCCCAGCAUUUGCUGCAGAAACAUGCUACAAACACGCAAGUAUCUUCAUAAAAUACUAAAAAUGUCCCUGAAUAUUUUGCAACUUUUUCGCCAAUAACCGGAAUGCCAAUUUAUAUGUUGAAACCGCGAGCAGAACGCACUUCAGAAGUGAAAAUUCUUAC